AUGUCAUUUAGCAGGCUUAUUCGAUUCCAUGAUAAAGAUGGUAUAGAGAGAUAUGGCGAUGUUGAGGACGAGAUUGCACCACCGGAGCUGGAGGGGAAAACAGUGAAGCUUGUCUCCGGGAACAUAGAAUCUGGGUUCAAGUUCCUGGGAGAGAAAGCCGAGGUGGCCAAGUUCCCACCACCGAAGAAACCCGUCAUCUUUGCAACCCCGCCGGAUCGCCUCACAGGGCCACUAGACGACAUCAACAUCCACCAAGACGCGCAGGAAUUGCUGGACUACGAGGGCGAAUUGAGCAUUGUGAUCGGGAAGGACGGAUACGACAUCAGCGAAGAAGACGCGCUGGACUACGUACUGGGGUACACCAUCAGCAACGACGUCUCAGCCCGCAACCUCCACGCCGUCGACAUGUCCGGAUAUCAGAUGGGCUACGCAAAGUCCUUCGAUGGAUUCGGGCCGACGGGCCCUUACCUGGUCUCGCCGAGGCUCGUGCGGGACCCGCAGGAUUUGGAGCUGAAGACGACAGUGAACGGUGACGUGCGGCAGACGACCAAUACGGCCCAGAUGAUUUGGUCGUGCCGACAGCUUAUCUCUUUUGCCUCUCGAGGCCGGACUUUGCGCCGUGGGACUGUGAUUAUGACCGGGACUCCAGAGGGUGUUGGAUGGCACACCAACGGUUGUCUCAAGGAUGGCGAUGUGGUAGAAGUCAGCAUCGGAGGGCUUGGAUUUAUCAGAAACAGGAUGGUAUUUCAGACGGGCGCUUGA